AUGACAACCUCCUCCUCUACUAACCUGACCACCGCAAAAAGUAAUGAUUUGAAAACGGCCUCUCCAACCACCACAACGACUGUAGCAAAUUCUUCUUCGACCAACACUUCGACGUCAACGAUUACUACUACUUCUACUACCACACAAUCAAACACUACAUCCAACACGUCCUCCACGGCUAUAAUAAACUCGAAAUAUUCCUUAAUUAAUAAUCACAACAACAACAACAACGGCAAUCAAUGUCAGCAACAACAACAAAAUAAAAAAACCAAAACUACAACCACUAUUAUACAACAAUCACAACAAAGACAGCAACAACAAGAACAGCAACAAUCAUUGAUACAACAACGUUCAAAUAAUUUAAUUAAUUCCUCACUUUCCUCCAACACGAAUAAUUCCUCAUCGAAUCCGCAUUCUUCCACCAUGAUAAAAACAUCUUCAAAAUUUGUCUACAACAAACCUCAAAAUCAUUAUGAAUUGCUUCAACAACGUCUGCACAUGCAACAAGAAUUUGCUCAACUUUUAACAAGUUUGGCCCAACAACAUCAACAACCAUUUUCGGCCGCCUCCGCUUCUUCACAAGCCGCUGCAGCAGCCGCAUUCAAUAAUCCAUCGUUGGGUGCAUCUACUUCAGCUGCAGCUGCUGCAGCAGCGGCGGCCGCCACCACAAACGCAGCCAAAAAUUCCUUAUCAUCUUUUUUACCAUUUUCAAAUUGGUUUUUCUAA